CGCUGGGGGGGGGGAGGGGUGGGUUCUCCCUGAGGAGUAGCGGUCGAGGCCAUGGCGGCGGAGGAUGGUGGUCGGGAGCUGAACGACCUGCGGGGCAAGGCGGAGGAAGGGCUCCUCAACCGCUUCGUGCAGCUGCCAGGGAGGCCGCACACGGCGGGCCAGAGAUCUCCACCAGCCAGAAGCGGCCAUCGCUGCGUGGCAGAUAAUGCCAAUUUGUAUGUGUUUGGAGGCUACAAUCCUGACUACGAUGAGUCUGGUGGGCCAGAGAACGAAGACUACCCGCUCUUCAGGGAGCUCUGGCGGUACAACUUUGCUACAGACACCUGGCACCAAAUGGGCACUGAGGGCUACAUGCCCAGGGAGCUGGCCUCCAUGUCACUUGUAUUGCAUGGCAACAACCUGCUUGUGUUCGGGGGCACCGGAAUCCCAUUUGGGGAAAGUAAUGGCAACGAUGUCCAUGUCUGCAAUGUCAAGUACAAGAGAUGGGCCCUGCUCAGCUGCCGAGGAAAGAAACCCAAUCGGAUCUACGGCCAGGCCAUGGCCAUCAUCAAUGGGUCUCUGUAUGUGUUUGGUGGAACAACUGGUUACAUUUACAGCACUGACCUGCAUAAACUAGACCUCAACACCAGAGAGUGGAUCCAACUGAAACCAAACAACAUGUCCUGUGACAUGCCAGAGGAGAGGUACAGACAUGAAAUUGCACACGAUGGUCAAAGGAUUUAUAUCCUGGGAGGUGGAACUUCCUGGACAGCUUACUCCCUAGAUAAGAUCCAUGCAUACAACCUUGAAACCAACACCUGGGAGGAAAUAGCCACAAAACCUCAUGAAAAAGUCGGCUUCCCGGCAGCUAGAAGAUGCCAUAGCUGUGUUCAGAUCAAAAAUGAUGUGUUUGUGUGUGGAGGCUACAAUGGAGAAGUGAUUCUGGGAGAUGUUUGGAAGCUGAAUCUGCAGACUUUCCAGUGGGUCAAGCUCCCAGCUGCCAUGCCCGAACCAGUGUAUUUUCACUGCGCUGCUGUCACGCCAGCUGGCUGUAUGUACGUACAUGGAGGGGUGGUCAACAUCCAUGAAAACAAACGGACUGGCUCGCUGUUUAAAAUGUGGUUGGUGGUACCCAGCCUGCUGGAACUGUCGUGGGAGAAGCUCCUGGAGUAUUUCCCUCAUCUAGCAACCCUCUCCAGAUCUCAGCUUUUGCACCUCGGACUGACGCAGGGACUCGUUGAGAGGCUAAAAUGAGAACACCUCACGCUUCUGCCCCAGACACACUACGUCCAGCAGCCCCCCUCCCCCCCCCCACCCCUAUUUAUGGAUCCUGUGGUUGGUCUUGCUAAGAACACGGAGGAACCUGCUCAACGCCUUACUCAGCAACUACAUCGAUGCCUUUCUAGAAGUUUUUAAUUUGUCGGAAAUCCACUUUUUAUUUAUGGAUCUCUCAGUUACGCCGUGAAUCGGAAACACUCCGGGACUAACCCAUCCCAUCCAUCCAGCUGUCAUCAGCACAUGCUUGCAACUUAAUUGGGGGGGAAGGAGGGCGGAGCUUAAUGAAUGUCAGAGCUCAUGCUUACAUCUGGUGCAUUCAGCUUCAAGCUGCAUCUAACGAAGGACGAAACAUCUGCUGGGGGUGAUGCUCGCUCCCCCCUGCUGCCCAGCCAAGCUCUCCCUCUAUAAAAACGAGGACUCCUGCAGCUCGAGGGCUUUGUGUGUGUUUCGUGGGCACCUUCCCACCCUCUCUGAGCUUUGGAAGACAGACAAUCAUCCUGCACAGCUCCUCUGGUGUAGCGAGUUGAAGUGGCCGUGGCUGUGCUCCUCACCUGGAAAGGUUUGCUUAGAAGACUGCUUAAAAGCUGCCGCUGAAUGGACUACUGUGUAGUUUGCUCGAGGUGGUGAGGGUGGGGGGGGAAGGGGUUUGCUGAAUUCACCAGCAGCUUGUGCCCUUGCUGUAAGGAGGGUGAAUUAGGCAGAAGAGCACUCAGCAGGGGCCAGAGCUGAUCCUUCCCUUCUUCUCAGCACUGGUGAGGCCACAUCUGGGCAACUUUAUGUCCUGUGCUGGGCCCUCAGUACAAGAGAACCACGGCAGAGUUGGGGUCCGGCUUCAGCCCAGCACAAGGAGAGAGCUGGAGCAGAAGAAGCUCAGGAUAUCCCAGCCUGCAGUAAACACCUACAGAGAGGUGCAAGGGGCUGGAGCCACACUCCUUCCUGCCCAGGAGACUCCCUCUGGCUGCCAGGCAGCAGUGCUGCAUUGGAAGCUUGCUAGUCAGCUUCUUGUUCCUCUAGGGCUGGGGCUGUUGCAGGCAGUUUUAAUCCCUUCUGGCUCAAUGGAAGUACUCAUCCCAGGAAAUAUAAUGGUAAAAGGAAGAGUGAGGAAAAAUUUGUUUCCUUUGGA